UUUCUCCUUCCUCCGUCUUUCUGAUGUUUCUUCGAUCUGUUUCUUUGACCAGAGAAAAAAAAAAAAAACUUUUUAGCUUCUUCUUCUUCUUCAUUGAAUGUCGUUGAACACAUCCCACGAUACUUAACAAAAUCUCUCACUCUUUCGUCUCUCUGUUUCGACUCGCAAACCAUCGAAGCCUCGCUUAUCUUAGAGGAAUUUGUUGUGAUUAGGGUUUUGUUUUGUUCUACGGAAAUAUGAUGAAAGCUUCGUUUGGAAGGUUAAGAAGAUUCGCAUUACCCAAAUCCGAUGCGAUUGAUAUAGGAGAGCUUUUUCCCACUGCACAAAUUGAAGGUCUUGCUCGAGCCGCCAAGGAUAUGCAAGACAUGAGAGAGGGUUAUGAUCGAUUACUCGAAGUAGCUGCUGCGAUGGCUAAUAGCGCAUACGAGUUCUCUGAAUCAUUGGGGGAAAUGGGUUCAUGCUUGGAGCAAAUCGCGCCUCAUAAUGAUCAAGAAAGUGGUGGAAUUCUUCUAAUGUUAGGUAAAGUUCAGUUUGAGCUUAAGAAACUCGUCGACACUUAUCGUUCUCAAAUAUUCAAGACCAUUACACGACCUUCAGAGUCACUUCUCAGUGACCUUAGAACUGUUGAGGAUAUGAAGCAACAAUGUGAAGAAAAGAGAGACGUUGUUAAGCACAUGAUAAUGGAGCAUGUGAAAGACAAGGUACAAGUUAAAGGCAGUAAAGGGGAGAGACUUAUUCGCCGUCAGUUAGAGACUGCUCGUGAUGAGCUACAAGAUGAGGCUACUUUGUGCAUUUUCAGAUUGAAAUCUCUCAAGGAAGGACAAGCUCGAAGUCUCCUCACACAAGCAGCCCGCCACCACACUGCUCAGAUGCAUAUGUUCUUUGCUGGUCUGAAAUCGCUUGAGGCAGUAGAGCAACACGUCAAAAUUGCUGCAGGCAGACAACACAUCGACUGUGAGCUCUCUGAUCAUGGGAACGAAAUGGAUUGUAGUGAGGAUAAUGAUGAUGAUGACCGACUUGUUAACAGAGAUGGAGAACUCAGUUUUGACUACAUAACAAGUGAGCAGAGAGUAGAAGUUAUAUCUACACCACAUGGAUUGAUGAAGAUGGAUGAUACAGAUCUCUCAUUUCAACGCCCUUCACCUGCAGGAUUAGCAACAGUAAAUGCAGAUCCUAGAGAAGAGCACCCAGUUUCAAACCGUGAUCGCAGAACGAGCAGCCAUUCAGCACCUCUGUUUCCGGAUAAGAAAUCUGAUUUAGCAGAUAGAUUGAUGAGGCAAAUGACUCCAUCUGCAAAUGCUUACAUAUUACCAACUCCCGUCGAUUCAAAGUCCUCACCAAUCUUCACAAAACCUGUCACCCAAACAAACCAUAGUGCAAACUUAUGGCAUUCAUCUCCACUAGAACCGAUAAAAACUGCUCAUAAAGAUGUGGAAAGUAACCAAUAUUCCCGUCUUCCCCGUCCUUCAGAACACGCAUUCUCUGGACCACUCAAGCCAUCCUCAACCCGUCUUCCAGUACCAGUUGCAGUUCAGGCUCAGUCAUCUUCUCCAAGAAUCUCUCCUACCGCUUCACCUCCGCUUGCUUCUUCUCCACGGAUCAACGAACUCCAUGAGCUUCCAAGACCACCGGGUCAAUCUGCACCGCCACGACGCUCGAAAUCUCCUGGUUUGGUUGGUCAUUCGGCUCCAUUAACGGCUUGGAAUCAAGAAAGAAGCAAUGUAGUUGUGUCAACAAACAUUGUAGCAUCACCACUUCCGGUUCCACCGCUUGUUGUACCGAGAAGCUACUCUAUACCUUCUAGAAAUCAGAGAGCCAUGGCUCAACAACCCUUGCCUGAGAGGAACCAAAACAGAGUAGCCUCUCCACCACCUCUGCCGCUAACUCCAGCGUCUCUGAUGAAUCUCAGAUCUCUUUCUCGGUCUCAAGUCGGGGAAGUAGCUCAGAGCGGAGUAAUUAGAGGUAACGGAAACAAAACUAACUUACUGUUUUUGUAACUUAUCUUAAUCAUCAAUGAUUUUAAGACAUGGUUUGUUUAUAUUAACGCAGGAGUAAAACUGACUGAACACUGACCUUGUAACGGUCGCGUUUGAUCAAAACGUUAGUUGUAGAAAUAGACCCAUAAGUAAAUAUAGAAGUUGGUAUUUUGUAAUUCCUUUGUUGUUGAAUGAAUCUCCUGAUUUGUUCUUAAGCCUCCGAUAUUUUUAUGCUCUUUUAAAUCCUUUAACUUUGACA